GUCAGAGAGGGGUGUUAAUUGAUCAGUUGGAGACAGAGCCUGGUGGAAGCGGUAGUAGCGUAGCAGUAGUAGUAACAUAUACACACCUCCUCUCUCUUGAUUUAGUUGAACCACCACCACCACAUUGUCGGACUAUAUAUACACUCUCUCUCAGCCACGGAGAUACUAUUUACUCGGACUUUUAUUUAUUUCCUCGUUCUUAUGAAAUUUCCUUCCCUCCUUAUCUCGUUUUUCUUCACUUCCGACAGUCGAGUGGACGUGUGUGUUUAAUUCAUUUUUGCUGUAUGUUUGUGUACGUGCGUGUGUGAGUGAGUGUGUGUGUGUGAAUGUGUGUGUGAGUAUGUCUAUCUGUAAUAUAUAUGUGUGGAUGGAUGGAUGUGUGUGUGUGUGAGUGAGUAAUUGGUUCCGGAGAAGAAGCACUGAAAUUUUGUGUGUGUGUGUGUGUUGUUCUGUCUUGAGAAAGAAAACAAAAAAAAAUUAAUAAAGGGGGAGGGGAAAAAGAUGGAUGCUAUCCCCGAAUUUCCGAAACCCGUUGUGGAGAAGAAACGUGCGUACGAGGCGGAGGAAAGGGAGCAACAAUCUUCCUCCUGUGGUAGAGACAUUAGUAUUGGUGGUGGUGUUGGUGGUGGUGAUGUGAAGUCAUCUUCUUCCUCCACCUGUCAAUAUUCAACAUGGAAACAGAAGCGAAAGCUAAACCAUAAUGACACAAACAGUGGCGGGGCUCAGGUGAAAUCCCCAAACUCAAAGUACAGCCCUCAUAGCAACGACGGUUCUCUACCAUCUCCGGGGAUGACUAGUCCGGUUUCGAUUUCGUUUGCGACCACCACAACGAAUUCUGAUGGCAGCCGUGAUGCGGGAGAGAAGCUGGUCGAUGAUGAUCGCAUCAUACCAGUACACGAUAAUCCGUUUUUUGUCAAAGACGGCAGGAGAAGUCUGGACAGAAGAGAUAUGAACGGCUCCUUGGAUUACCACAAUGACGAAACCAUCAACAACCGCCAGGACUUAUCAAAUUUUCGAGACGACACGGAUAUGGAGUACCAUCCUGGAUCCGGAUUUGUUAGCCGCUUAAAGGACAAAUUCUCGUCAUUAGGUGCCAGAGAAGAUGUAGCUGUGUUGCGCCCGAAAAGAUCUUCCAGUUUUGAAAAUCUGUUGGAUGGUAGACCGAAAUCACAUAAUGGUGGGGACUUAGGUCUGACGGACACAAGGCGGAAAUUCCGAGACGGCCGCGCUGUGAGCGUUGAAAAUUUGAACCACACCAUGGAUAAAAGCUCUACUUCUCCAAACCUGGUGCUCGAUUUGAAAUUAGCGAAACAAGGAAGUACCGACAGUGGCAGUGACAUUAGGAACACAAACAAAGACCGAGAAACUGCGGGGCCAGAGAAAAGCCCAACCAUUCAUCCGGUUUCUCCGUCUCCUGGUUAUGAUGCUAAACCCCACAUUAGUAUCAUAUCCGCUGCAGCCAAUGAUGAAAACAAAAACGUAGAUGAAUUGCCGAAACCCAAUACAGUUUCGUCGUUUCGAAGUUUAUUUGAGAAUUCUGCUAACAAUGAUACGGUGACAAUAAAACCCAAGGGUAAGACCACAGCGGCCCCUGGGAGACCUGUAAAUUCUGCUUCACCUGAUAUAUUAAUAUCACCAAAUAAAAAAGAAAGUAAAGCUGCCCCCGUUGUAACGAAACCUGCACCACCACCACCUCCGAAAGAAAGGAACCACGAAGCAUCUGUUAAGAAACCCGAAGCUGCAAAACGUACGGUGUUGGAACAGAAGAAUUCCGGAAUUGCUGAAAAUAACUCAAGUUCUUUAGAUAAGGACAGUUCCAGUGUUAAGACAACUGCUAAGCAGGCAACACCAAGUUUACCCCUAACAUCACAUAUUUCAUCUUCACCUACUUUAGAGACAUCCUCCUCCUCGUCGCAGAUUAAUCAAGUAUCAGACUCCAAAAGAGUGGCACCAGUCGUUCCUGCUGAAAAUGACCACCACUCGGUGUCUGAAAGUAAAGAAAACACAAAACCGUCUGGUGAUACAAAUGCUGAAUUUCAUAACCGCGGGCUCCCUUCGAUUCUGAUGAGAAAAAACACCGAUGAUUCCGGAGAACUUGGCCAGGUGGUCCUACGGAAGGUGAAACCGAGGAGCUUGGAAGAUGAUGACGAACUCAAAGGUAGAAUUACUUAUUAUCCAGCUGGUCUUAACAAAACGAUAAAUUCUUCGUCUUCCGAAGAACCGACACCAAAGAUGAGGCAUCCAGCUCUUGUGACAGGCAUCAGCGGUAUUGGUAACACCGAUCUGUGGGGUGAAGAGGACGAUGAAGAUAUUUUCUAUGCAGACGGUGAGGUGAUUGAGAAAGAUGUGGAAGAUAACCGACACAUCAUUAUCACAGACUCUAUGUUGAAGAGAAAUCCCAACGCGGAAACUUUGACGCACUUGGAUUUAUCACAGCUGACCAAUGACGGCGGCCAGGAACACCAAGAAGGCUACAUUCCUUCCAAAAUUGGGCCUUGUAAGAUACAGUUCAUUGGAGCAAAUGUCAAACUGGACAGAAGCUGUAUAGUAAAGAAUAAAACAUCAAAGCAUAAAGUGUGUUUCAGUGACCAGAUCAGCACCUUACACGACUAUCCAUCGGAAGAAGUGAUGCUGGAACAUUAUCUCCUGGAACAUCCUGAAGAGAGGAAUGAGAUGCUCUUACUGGAAGGCUACGGUCUUGAUGGAAGCAUGAACGAAUCCACCGAUGACGGCUCGGAAUCUGAUGACAGCAGCCCUGUCAGUCCCGAUGACGGCAUGAGACCAAACUUGGCUUUAUCCUCAAGAGGAGGUUUGGCCCGGUACCAUUCCAAACAUGGAAUGGAAUACGAAUUUGGAAUGCAAAUGGAAGAGGAGUUGAAGCCAGUAGCACAUGACAAGAAACUGAAUAAUGGACAAGAAGUGGACAUUUAUCAAUUAACUCCGGCCGAUGAGAGAGACCUAACGUCAUGGUCAAACUUCUCCGGCACAGACCUUCUUUUCUAAGUUCAGUUUCAAUUUUCUUACAGAUACAACACUAUUAUUAUUAUUAAUUAUUAUUAUUUUGAAAACUUUUAUAGUUAUUAAUAUUAUUAUUAUUAUUAUAUUUUAUAAGCAAAUUCUAUCAUGGAUUAAUCAUUGUUGUAUUGUUGUUGUUUCUCUUUUAUUUUAUUUUUUGAAGGAAACCAAUUCCGAUUGUACAUAUUUCGUCAACUGUCGACCCUCCUCCCCUUAACUCGCUUCACUCACCUCCCAUUCCUCUUCCUUUCUGUUUUCUCUUACUGUGGUGUGGGGGAGGGGGGCUGUAGUAGUCUGGCUCUUUCUACAGAACAAUCUUUUCUGUACCUCACACAUACAUACUCCAAGUCCCUGUUUUUCGGCCUACAUCUUCAUUUCAGCAUCUACCCCACCUCCCUUUUCAUUAUAUCAUUGUUCUUCCUUUAAAACACAUCUUUCUCUUUUUUUUUUCUUUCUUAUAAACAGCCACUGCAGUGUAGUACAAACUUUACUAUAAAACUUUCAAUAAUCCUGAUAUUUUGGCUGAUAAGGGCUUUAGUCAUAGGUUUAGAGAGCAGGAAAGAUAUCUUGCUAUGUCAGAGUUCUUGGCAUGUGUGUGUAUAUACACACACAUACACAUAAGCCAAGAACUCUGACACACACAUUUUAGAUCAUAUUUUGAAGCAUUAAGAAAUUUUUAAAUGCACAGAUCUUGGGGUAAAACAAACGGACCCUUAUAGAGAAAAGAGUUGACAAUACUCACACUUGUUCUAUGUGAAAGGUUUUUUACUUCGUUUUUGGAGUUAUUUGUAGCUACAUUUCCAUUUGAACAUCAUAAAAUGACACACACACACAUCUGUAUGUAAUGAAGUUCACUUUGUUAACAUACAGUUUUGAGUUCUAUCGCCGUGAAUGGCACCUUCGAGCAAGUGUCUUCUUCUGCUGUAGCAUGAGACUGACUAAUGCUUUGUGAGCGAAAUUGGUCGACAGUAACGGAGUGGAAGCCGGUUUUAUGUAUGUAUGUAUGUAUGUAUGUAUGUCUACAUUCUGCACCUUGCAAUGUAAAGAUUUUUAAAAAUUGGUGAUGUUUGUUGAUAAUCUUCAUCGACAAGUUGUCCAUUAGCUCUGUCCUUUCAACGAUGAAUCACACAAAUAGUCCUUUACUUGAAAAGAGAAGAAAAAAACAAGAGUUAGUAACAAAAUGGGAAUCUGGUUGUAAAGCAAUGCCUUGAUUCUUAUGUACUUAUUCACUCCAUUCUAGCAUAGAAAAACAAGCAUAAAACACACUUGGAACAGCUUGGUCAGAAGCUGCUGGCUAGAAUGUUUAUGUAUGUAGAAUUAUAUAAACACUUGCACAUCUACACACAUGUAUGUAUAUGCUUACAUAAUGAUGUGUAGUGAAAUAUGUGUAUACGCACAUUUUAUCUGUGUGGAAGUACACCAACACAUUCACACAUUGUUACAUAUGCAAACUACACACACACACACACUCCCACAUUCUAAACUCAGUCUGUGUGAGGACUCUCCCCCACCACCUUCCAACCCCCCCACCCACCUUACUAUCAGUGAAUCCCUUUUUUUUUCUUUCUUUCUUUCUUGCUCCUCCCCCUUUGAAUGUUUCUGGCAGUAAAAAAGACAUUCACAAAUUUUGCUGGCUGCCAAAAAAAAAAAAAAGAAAAAAGAAACGUUCAUGGCGGUGCUCCAGCAUGACCACAGCCACAUGGCUGAAACGAGUAAAAAGAGUAAGAUCUUAGACGUCUAAAUGACCUUCACAAAUGUUCCUGACUGUCUAAAGACAUUCAGAUUCACAAAAUUAUUCCAAGAAAAAUUGCCACAGAAAUUUCAAAUUGAAGUAAAUUUUAGGUGUCAGGGUUUUGUUUUUUGGUUUGUUUUCUAAUUGUUUUUUAAUUAUUUUUUUGAAAUAUAAAUGUAUAUGUGUAUAUAUUAUGAUUACUACAAUGAAGUAUAUAUAUAUGUGUGUGUGUUUGCAUGUGUGUGUGUGUAAUCAUCUCACUAACUCAAACUACAGUUAUGUUGUAAAAAGCCUGUAGUUAAUCCUGCUGGUCAGGUGAUGGCAGAGGGGGUGGAGGGGUGUGUGUGUCUCACCUUUCCCCCACCCCCUCCCCUUGUCUAGAGCUGGAGGGAGAAAGAGAGAAGAGCUUGGGAUAGAGGUGAAUGGGAACAGCUGUGUGUGUGUAGGGGGUGUAAAAGAAGGGCCCACCCCUGUGUGUGUGGUGGCAGGAGGUGAGAGAGACUCAGGUGUGUGUGUGUGAAGGAAGCAUGAGAGAAAAACCUGUGUAAGCAUGCGUACAGAGAUGUAAGAGGAACCCUAGAGAAGUGUGUGUGUGUGUGUGUGUGAUCACCCAGCAUAGUCUGAUGCACCUUUUAUUAAUCUCUGCAUAUAUUCCAAUCCAUGCAAGCAUGGAGAAAUAGAAAGGGACAUAAAAUGAUAAAUAAUUAUGAUGAUGAUGAUGAUGAUUCCAAAUGUCAUAUGAUGUCUUGCUGUGUGUGUGUGUGUAGGUUCAAUUUCAGCUGUUGUCUUCUGCCACCACUUCCACCACCACCACCGUGACCACCCCCUCGGAGACACGACUCGAUCAUCCUCCUCCUCCUCCCCACCUCCACACACACAGCCUCACUUUAUUGGUUCAUUGCUGUCAUUUGAUUUGGAACGAAAACAAAAAUAAAUAUAUACAAACAAAUUAUUUAACUGACUCAUUAAUAAAUACUAAUGACAUACAACAAAA